GGUCAAGGUUCAAACCCAUAGAGCGAGUUAUCAUGGCCGAUUCAUGACACCAUCACCAAUAUAAUGCACUCUCAAUGCAACACCGGUGCGCUAGGGAUGCAGAAGUGGACUGGAGCCAAUGACGUCAUAACAGUUUUAUGACCUCAACCUAGCAACAGACAACAUUUGGAAGUUGUGCAGCUACUGUUGAUAUUUCAUGAUGGUGCUGGGUACCCUGUGUAAGCUGGUCCAGAGACAGACCUACACGUGUCUGUCACAUCGCUAUGGGACUGUGCUGUGCUUCGGCGGACUACUGUUACUCGCAGUGUCAGCCUUUCAGUUUGGAGAGGUAAUGCUAGAAUGGAGUAAGGACCAAUAUGCAGCCAUGUUUAGCGCCUAUCAUGACAACAUUGCGAGCAAGUCGUUCCAGGAUCGCCUGUGUUUACCUGUACCCAUCGAUGUUGUGUAUACAUGGGUGAACGGGACGGACCCAAAAUUACUGGAGGGGCUACGGAGACUCAAAAUGGACAUGGAGUUAGAGAUCAACAAGACUAAGACAGGCCCAGAAACCAACCACACCACAGAUGACAGCAGUAUAACCAGGUGUAAGUUGAAGGACUGUGUGUCUGUCCCAGCGGUAGUGUUGGUACCACCGCUGCCGUCCACCAUGGGGUUACCGGAAGUGCGUGCAGAGUUCCCAGUAUUCCUGCUGGCCAGGAGUGUGGAACACCACACCGCACUGGGGGAUCCACCCGUCAAUAUCACUGUCAUCAAGUUCUCAUCUCAAGUAGAAGUUGACAUAAUACUGAAGGAAACAAUGGAGGUCAACGGGGUAAACGUCUCGCUACAACAAGGCUACCUGACCAGCGAUUGGACGGUACCUCACAGCGUGCUGCUCAAGGACACGGUCAUGGUCACCCACCUGCCGCGGCAGGGCGAACAAGAGGUCAAGUCCAUGUUAGAGGACAAGUUCAGGGAGAAAGUCUCUUCUGUGGAAGUGUACCUAGAAAAGAGGGUGGCAGUCAUGGAUGUACCAGACUUUAAUGACAUGGACCUUCUUCUAAAGGAUGGAGACGUCACUAAUGUGACGAUUGGGAAUGACACAAUAAGAUUGACAGCUGCCAGUCUGGCCUGGGAUCUGACAGAUGAUUUGUCCUUCCAUGAAGACAUUGCACCAAGCAGGUUUGAAGACAAUGAAGAAUUGAGGUACUCCCUACGCUCCAUCGAGAGGUAUGCGCCGUGGGUCCGCAAUGUCUACAUCGUCACCAACGGUCAAAUCCCGUCCUGGCUCAACCUGGACAACCCCAGACUGACCAUAGUGACCCACAGUGACCUUUUCCCCAAUGCCAGUCACCUCCCAUCCUUCAGUUCCCCUGCCAUCGAGGCCCACCUGCACAGAAUCCCGGGUCUGUCCAACAAGUUUAUCUACCUGAACGAUGACGUGAUGUUUGGUGCAGAGGUGUGGCCUGAUGACUUCUACACACACUCACAAGGGCAAAAGGUCUAUCUUGCCUGGCCAGUCCCCAACUGUGCAGAUGGCUGCCCUUCCUCCUGGAUUAGGGACAACUACUGUGACAAGGCUUGUAACAAUUCAGAAUGUGAGUGGGAUGGUGGUGACUGCCUUGGAGGAACUGGUGCUGGAUCAAACCAACUGCAUGGGGGUGGGCAGGAUGCUGGAGCCAGCGUAAUGUACUGUAACCCUGGCUGUGCCAACAACUGGCUAGCUGACAGAUACUGUGACCAGGCCUGUAAUGUGCUGGAAUGUGGUUUUGAUGCUGGUGACUGUGGGACGGCUAACUUUGACAAGCUGACAAAGAUCGACCUGCAGCCAGAUGUUCACCUGUAUCACCUGAAGGAGGGAGAACACCUGAUGUACUUUAACCUGUCAGCUGUGUUCCCUGAAGGUAUAUCUGUGAGUGAGGGGAAGUAUGAUGACAACGGCGUGAUCAGAGCAGCAACUGUUGCACAGAAGUUCAAAACCCUGAACGUUGUUCUCUUUCCCAACAAGAAUGUGUCUGUUCUACAUUUCAACCUCACUGGCAAAAACAAGGAGACAAAUGACAAAUUUUACAUGGCCUUCAACUUGACCGUUGACACCAAAGAGAGGCCCAAGGAAUCGUUGUUGUUGAACGAGACGGGAGCGGAGGGGAACGUUAGCGCCACUGUGGCCAGCGAGACAGAGGACACAUACGAGGAAGACAUUCUCAUCUCUUUUGAGGAGGUUCCUGAAGAUAAGCUGCAACCAAAGGUGAAGAGAGACAUUAGACCAGUGGAGGUACCAGAGUCUCUGCCUGAUGUGAACAACAUGAGCUUCAUACCGGAGGAUUUGAGCACAGGACUCAAGCAGUUAGAAGGGCAACUGGAUGCAGGAGAACUAACAGAAAAGGGGUACAAACAGCAAGUUGCAGCUCUGUGGAAGAACUUCCCUCCUGAAGUGUUGAGAGCAGAAGCAUUAAAACAGCUUCAGAGGAAGAAAACCUCCCCAGCUGCCAAACACAGUCCAGCAAGGAGGACAAACACCAGGAAAGGUCAGCCCCCAAAGGAUGGUGGGAAUCCAGCAAAGGAUCUUGGGAUAGCCACAAAGGAUCAUGGUAGAGAGGCUGCCAAAGUCACAAUUGGAACAAAACGGCUGAAAAAUUUAGUCAGUCAGCAGCUGGAUUCAAAAGUUUUGAGACAAAAGGAUGAGAAGAUUUUAAAAGUCAAGCCAGAUGAAAGCGAAAAACAGAAAGCGAAUGAUGAAAAAAUCGUUUUAAGACAAGCUAAAGUGAACAGGCCAUUAGCUGGAGAAGGAGACAUUGAUAUGGAUCAAAACAUGGAAGGUGGAGAAAUUAAAAGCUUGGUUACAGAGUCAAAAGUUAGAGCUUUAGACAAAAGUAAAGGGGCAAAUCUCUCAGCCAAUGUGAACGAGGUGAAAACUAAAAAUGAUAACAAUGAUUUUGAAGAAAACAAUCCUCCAAUAAGAAGACUAUUGACCAGGGACUUUAGUGGUAGGGAAGCUGUAGAUGCCGACUCAUUAUUGGGAAGUUUCCUGCCAUGGGAGAAACAGGGUGUUUUCAGCAAGUUGGUGAAGGAAAAAGAAAAACUUCUGACAGAAAAACUAUACAAGUCUCCGCCACACAGAACACGUCAGCUGACGGAUACGUUCGCGGACUCGUUGCGCCACAGUAAUCGCAUUUUCAACAAAGCGUACGGUUUCCAGUCAAGGAAGGUGCCCGCACACAUGCCCCACAUGAUUGACGUUACCAUCAUGAAGGAACUACAAGACAAACUACCUGGAGAGUUUGAUGAGACGUCCUCUCACAAAAUCAGGCACUCCAAAGACAUGCAGUUUGCUUUCUCGUACUUCUACUAUCUGAUGAGCGAGAAAGAGCCAAGAAACGUGACAGAGAUCUUCGAUUCACUCGACACUGACAAAUCAGGCGUUCUGUCUGACCGGGAGUUGCGCACCAUGGCUGCGAGGUUGAACGACCUCCCCCUGGCCCUGCAGCACCUCACACAGCUGGAGCAGAUCCUCAUCAACUGUUCCGCCUCCCUGCCCAAAAACCUGACAGAACCUGCCACCAUUCCUCCUACACAGGAGCACUACUAUGAACCCAGAAUGCCCCUGGUCACCAGGUCCCUCGUCCUGCACUGCCAUGGACUGGUCAAGCUACUGAACAACAGCUACAAGGAGAAGAACAAGUUCAAGUACGAGGUGGUCAGUGAAGACCAGGUGGCCUUCAAGAUGAUUCGAACCAACGUUUCGCAGGUCAUAGGUCAACUGGAUGACAUUCGCAAGAACCCGAAGAAGUUUGUGUGCUUGAAUGACAACAUCGACCACAAGCAGAAGGAUGCACAGUUGGUGAAGGCCGUGAUUGUGGACUUCUACGAAGCCAUGUUUCCGUUGCCGUCGCAGUUUGAGCUCCCGCGGGAAUACAGGAACAGGUUCCUGCACAUGAACGAGCUACGGGAGUGGCGGGCGUACAGAGACUGGUUACGCUUCCUGACGCACCUCACCAUGGGAGCGCUCAUCCUGUUCUCCCUGUGGUCAUUCUGUGCCAAUCAGGGCUAUCGGAUGCUUCUGUCCCUUUUACGGUUACUAUAGCAGCAUUGAAGAGAAAGAUCUGGCCAGUGUUGGGGAGAAGAAACAGAACACUUGGACGGUUACUCAGGGUGUAGAAACUAGUGCAUAAAGU